AUAGCAACAGCUAGAGGCAGUGUUGCAAAAAUCGUCAGGGAAUCUAAGCUAGAAAUAUAGCAAUUCUUGCAUUGUAGACACUACUUUAGUUUCACAAGCUUAUGAUAGUUUUUUGCAGUAUGUAAGGAGCCUUAAAAAACGGCAUCAUAUGUUAAAUAAUUUGACAGCAAUGGAAGUUGCAACUACAGAAGAAAAAUUCCAUGCCGCAGUUGAGCUUAUUAAGAAUUUACCUAGAUCAGGAUCCUUUCAACCAUCAAAUGAACUGAAGCUUAAAUUUUAUUCAUAUUUUAAGCAAGCAACAGAUGGACCAUGUGAAUUGCCGAAGCCCAGCUUCUGGGAUGUAGUAAACCGAGCUAAAUGGGAUGCUUGGAACAGAUUAGGAAAUAUGUCAAAAGAGGAAGCUAUGACGAAUUAUGUUCAAGAAUUUGUUCGGAUAUUAGAAGAAACACCACUUGAAGAUCCCAAAGUUUUAGAUGAUUAUAUUCAUAUAAUGGGACCUUAUAUUCAUUAUGCUCCCAAAGAAUACAGAGAGAAAACUCUUUUGAAUGGAAAAGCCAAGCUUAUUGGAGAUAAAUCUGAAGAUCUUAAUGAAAGGAAAAAUGUUACCUCUCCUAGUAAACCUUUGAAAGGCUAUAAAAAUGAAGAAUCUGAUGAUGAAGACAAGUAUCCUUCUGCUGUUAAUGGACACAACAUGAAUGGCAGUAAUGAAAGUGAUAGUGAGGAAUUUUCAGACACUCUUGAAAGAGUUGAUGAAAGUGAUACUGAUGAGACUCUGAAGACUUCUUCAAAUUCAUAUGCUGGAAAUAAUAAUCCUGUAUCUGAAGUGAAAGGAUCAAAUAUUAUCAGCGUCAGAGGUGGCGGUGAACAAAGAGUUGGAGCAGUCGAUACCAAUUCACCUGCUGCUGGUCCUUCUGGUAACCGUGGCAGUAGAUCGUCACGACAAGCAAGAAAUUCUGACAAUCCCUUACAGUAUUCUUCAAACAAUAAUGUAAGUGGAUCUGGUGGUAGCAGAAGAAGUGGUGGUAACUUACCUCCUGAGCUUGCAUUUGAUGCCAAUGAACAACUGGCAAUGGCCAUUAUUCGCUUACAUAAUGCAAUGGAACAAGUAAUUGUGCGUUUGGAAUCUUUAGAAACAAUAAUUGCUCAGAGAUUAGGGAAUCCAGCUACAAUGCAGAUUGCAAGAAACCGCAGCCCUUGGUCAUUGUUUGGAAUUUCACCAAAAGCAGCUCUAAUCAUUUUAGCAUGGCCUUUUAUUGUGCAGUGGUUGAUUUAUUUAAUACGGAAAAGGAAUCGACGUUUAUAAAAUUCAAUUUUUUGGUUUUACCCAUUUUUUAUCUAUUAUAUAAGCGACAAAAAGAGAUUGUUUUUGUGUGUUAAAAAGUAUAUUUAUGUUAAAUUUUAUUGAUAAAGUUAUGUCUUGAAAAUAUCCUAAAGCCUUUGCAAAUAUUUUAAUUGAUCUCUUUUUGGAAAUGUUUUUAAUAUCCAAGUUCGAGGCUGAUUUUAAUUUAUCAAAAUGAGCAUUAGUAAUAUAUAUAUAUAUAUAUAUGUAUGUAAAUAUGUAUUGCUAAUGUAAUAUCAUAAUUUAGUGACAUUACAUUUCUGAUAACAUUUUAUACCAUGCUAAGUGAUCGUUCCACUUUACCCAUGUGCUUUGUGUUGAAACCGAAAAACUUUCUUUAAAGAAAAGUAAAUUUUGUAAGUUAUUAUUUUAGGAUUUUGAAAGUGUCCUUUAAUUAGUGAAAGAAUUUAAAUUGACAGACUUUCCUUCUUGUUCUAAUGUUUUCUUUGCAAGAAGAAUAAGUUAUUUGUAAAUUCUAGAGAAAGUUAAUUGUACAGAUAGAUGAAUAUAAAUUUAUGAAUGUUGCAAUGCUGUAUCAACAUUUAUAUAUCUGAACAGCAAUUCAUCUCUCAACAAUUCCUGAAUGAUAUGUAUAUAUCUGUAAAAUAUGUAUAUUUUUAGUGUAUGAAAUGUAAGUAUAAUUUUGCCAAUUUUUUUGAGAUAUUAAAAGAUAU